AUGGAGGUAGAAAAACCAAUCAAAUAAGAUAUUCAUAAUUAUCCUCCUAAAUUAGAAUAAGCCUAGGAAACAAUUUAAAUUGAAUUCAAAUAGAUUUUAUAAGGUUUGGAAGAAUAAAUUAUAUAAGUAUUCUAAAAUUCUUAAUAUUUUGAAAAAGAAAACUUUAAGGAUCAACAUUCAAUAUAAUUGAUGAUAUUUAAAGAAUUAAGACCUACUGAAUAGUGGUAAUAAUUAUAAAAUGAACCACCUAUAGAAAUUUAUAAUUCUCUAUUUCCAAAAAAAUUAAUUAGAUAUUUGAUUGACUAAAUUAAUGUUAAAAUGAAAACCUCUUUUGCAAAUUAAGAUGAAAAGUAAAUUAGAAAAAAAUUAGUGAAAAUAGAUUAAAUAUUUGAUUUCUUUGGAAUAAAGAUUAUAAUGGGAUAUAUAAAAAUGCCACAUUUGGAAGAUUAUUUUAAUGAAAAAUAAUUAUUUUAAUGCAAAAUAUUUGAAUGUUUUAAAGAGGGAAGAUUUAAAUGUUUAGAAUAAUGGAGUAAUUUCACUGAUGAAUGUCUUUUAAAAAAUAUUAACAAAAUAAAACCAGCAAAUGAAUUUUAAACUAUUAGAGUAUGUAAAAAGAUUGGAAAAACUUUAAGAAAUUUUAAAACACCUGGGAAAGAUUUAAUAAUAUAGAUAAAUUCAGGAUUCAUGAUUGAAUAGUCAGCAAAUUCUUAAUAAAUAAUGAUUUGUGAUCCUAAAAGCAAAUUAAUAGUUUGGUAAUACUUUUGUAAUAACAUUUAAGAAGAAAAAGUAGGUCUUUAAAUUGUUCAUGUAUUAUAAUAAUUCAAAGAUAAUAAUCAUACAUUAUAUAUUUAUGAUAAUAUUUUAAGCUUAGAGUAAAUUGCAUAUUUGAAAUUAAAACUAAAAAUUUAAUGUAUUUCAAAACUUGAUAGUUUGGUAGUAAGUUAAUUACCUUAGAUUCCACUUUAUCUUGAUUAUAUGUCAAUAAUUAAAGAACAAAAUGAUGUUUUCACUGUGACUUCUGGAGAAUAGAUUUAGUAAUUGAUAUGUACUUAUAAUCAAUACAAAGAGACUAUGUUAUUGUAUUGCAUACAUAAAUUCAGACCAAAUUUUUCUUAUCUUCAUUAUUCAAGUGCAAUUAUGACUGAAUUAUAGGAAAUUACAAUUUGGAAUUCUUAUCAAAUCGUUAUAAAAAUAAAAGCAUCACAAAAUUAAUAAACUUAUGAAUAAUUUCGUUUAGGUUUAGCUUAAGAAUUGUUAAAAAAUAAAAUUGCUUAGAUAAAGAAUGUUCCUACUUUAUUACAUAAAUAAAAAGUAGUUAAUGUUGGUUUGGCAACAGAAAUAAUUGGUGAUUAUGGUUAAGGAACAAAAAUAAAUUCAAAAUCAUUAUUUCACAUCCCAACAAUUAUGGCUACUCCUAAAACUUAUGCUGGCUCAAUGAAUUGUUUAGUUUGUAAGAGAAAUACUUAAUUAAUAACUUUAUGUAAACCUUGCUCAGAGAUAUCAGGUAAGUUAGUAAUUCUAUGUGCUUGUGAUUGCUUUUAUUUAUUCCAUUAGAAUACUUUGGAAUAUAUAAUAAAUGGAGAAGAUGUUACUCAAGCAUAGUAUAAAUCGAUAGAAUAAUCAAGUUAAUAAUUAUAUCAUUAAGCAUUUUAAUAGAAACCUGGUUUGAUGUAUGAGAAUGUAGAUAAAGCAAAAUCUGUUUAGUAUGCAAAAUAAGUAGAAAUUGAAUGA